GUAUCGUCCAUCCUUCUGCACCUAGACAAGGUGAGCUGCUUGGACCUUCAAAUACCCAAGGCAUACCCUGAACAAUCCUCCGAAGUAAACACAUCCGUUCUUCUAGCUUCAGUACAGACGGCACGACAUGGACCCCGCCCAAUUCGACAAAAUGUUUUCUCAAGCCGACCGUAUCAUGGGCCCAUUCGCAGAAGUGCUCCUUCGGCAAGCCAAUUUUCCACCCAUGGCCGAUUCCCGGCUUGUUGUCCUUGACCAGGCGUGCGGAAGCGGUGUGGUUUCCUCCCACAUCAUGUCAAGGCUCUCCGCAGAAGAAAAGUCCAGACUAGAUCUCACAUGCGCCGAUAUCUCCGAUGCAAUGAUAUCAAAUGUAUCAAGACGCAUCGAGACCUCAGGCUGGGACAAUGUGUCCGCGGUAAAGACUGAUGCUAUGGACACAAAAUUUCCCUCUUCCCACUUUACGCACAUCUUCUUCAACUUCGGCCCACAGAUUCUAUCCAAUCCGCUCGACGGCAUUAGAGAAUGUCACCGCAUUCUACGGUCGGGUGGGGUCCUGAGCUGCAGUACCUGGCAAGACGUCCCGUGGUGGGCGGACUACCGUGCAGGAAUCGCAAAGGAUCCCUCGCUGCCUCCAUUCCCGUCCGAUGAACAACUCGGACAUGCAUUCUCCGACACCACAGAACGCUGGAAUAGCGUUGAAGACGUCAAAGCCCAUAUGCAAGAAUGUGGCUUUCGUGACGCUGAAGUCCAGGUUGUGGAGAAUACCACGAAGAUGGACGUGGCAGAGGUCGAAGCCAUGUUGCCAUACUCUCUGGACAUGAUGGUCCAGAAAUUCUGGAAGGACAAGUUCGAGCAAUUCAAGGAGCCUGCACGGCGGGCCAUCUUGGAUCACAUGAAGGACAAAUACGGGUCUGGGCCGGUUGUGUGGAAGUGGGUGGGCAUAGUCGCCGGUGGCCGGAAAGGAUAAAAGCCUCGAUGGUCGCCAAGAUGGGGAAUGUCAGAAAACACAGACAGAGACCACAUAUUGUCCGAGCCAGCCCAGCAGGUAUGAUGUUCAUUGUGAGACUUCCACAACAGAUAUCCCGCGCGGACAUCAAUGCAGCAAUAGAGUUAGGCUCUAGCGAAGAAGAGAUAUACAUAGAACUCUGAACCACCUACGCGCGUCGCCUGAUACGAAUAGGGAGCGGGCCCGGGUUUG